GUGGUGCUACCUCCUGAAGCCUCCAGCUUUCCUUCCAAAGCCUUUGACCUCAACAUGAAGAUCUCCACAGCACUUCUGUGCCUGCUGCUCAUAGCUGUCACCAUCAGCCCACAGGUGUGGGCUGGGCCAGAUUCAGUGUACAUCCCAGUCACAUGCUGUUUCGAAAAGGCUAAGAAGAUCCCCACGAAUAGGCUGAAGAGCUACAGCAGAAUCACCAGCACCCAGUGUCCCUGGGAAGCUGUGAUCUUCAGGACCAUACUGGAUAAAGAGAUCUGUGCUGACCCCAGGGAGAAGUGGGUUGAGAAGGCCAUAAAGAACUUGGAUCAGAAGUUUCAAUCUCGGAAUCCUUGAACCUUCAUGUCUGAGAUCCCCGGGGAAAUCUUCUGUACUCUCCCCUAACCUUUCCCCAUGGGCAGUGUGAUGUAAUUUAUUAUGACGUUUAAAAAGAUAUGCUUUUAAAUAUUUAAAACAUAGACUUGUUUAAAUAAUAUUUAAUGAUAUUUAAAUUAUGUUUUGGCAAAAUAAACUGAAUUUAAUCUACAUAUUGUGUAUUUACGUUUAUAUGAAUGCAGUUAAAUUAUUGACAGCAUGUCAGUGUUCUCCCUCGCACCUGCCUAUAGGAUUGUUUAAUCCACACAUGGUACAUCAACAUUAUACAAGCUUUUGUAUUCUUAGGGAACUGGUGUUCCUUUGAAUGGA